AUCCAACGCCGACAUCCGUCUUGCAGUUGCGACGCCCUGUUUGCACUAUGAUUACACGGACGGGCAUCCGGAUAGUCUUUCGGCCAGCGACUUGCUUCCUCUGUCAAUGGCGCACAUUUAGCGUAUCCUACCGGCAAUUGGCCGACAAGCCGCCGGGGCCGCCCGCCGGGGCCGCGACCAGUUCGAAACAGACACCCGGCCCAUCUCCGGGCCCGGCCGGGAGUGGUGAUGCAGGCCUCGCGGAGGGUCCGCUCGCCCAUGCACCCCGAUCAUUUGGCAAGAAGCUUACCGAGUUUACGCCAACACCGCUGGCAAGGCCAAUUGGCAUGAACUACCCCCCAAGCGCCGGCGAGAACACGGGCAAGGAUAACCGAACGCUCAAAGAGCGCCACGCGGACUUCACCAACUACGAGAAGCACCUGAAGCGCCGAGAGUACCUCAAAAACAAAAUCUCGCGCCCCUACUUCCGCGACUGGCGCAACCUCCAGUUCCACGAAGGCAAGACCUUCCUCUCGCCGCCGCGCCCCUUCCGCGCCGACCUCUCCCUCUACUUCCCCAACCUACACGGCCGCACCCUUGCCAAGUCCCCAUCCGCCAAGGCUGCCGACACGACCCCUCUCCUGGAAGGCCGCGCCUCGGUCGUCUCCGUAUUCAGCGGCAUGUGGGCCGAGAACCAGGCCAAGUCGUUUACCGCCCCUGACCAGAACCCGGCGCUGCACGAGGUGGUCCGGACCAGCGGUGGGCGCGCGCAGCUGGUGCAGGUCAAUGUCGAGGAGGACAUGCUCAAGGCGUGGCUGAUCCGGCUGUUUAUGGGCUCUCUGCGCCGGCGGAUCGGCAGGGAGAACUGGGACAAGUACUUUAUCGUGAGGAGGGGCAUUUCGGACGAGAUUCGCGAGUCGAUUGGCUUGUUGAACGGCAAGGUCGGGUAUACCUAUCUGGUUGACCACCAGUGCAGGAUACGUUGGGCCGGCAGUGGGACUGCAGAGCCCGAGGAGAGAGAGGGGUUGGUGAAGGGGGUGCGGAGGAUACUGAGCGAGAUAGAGAAGGAAGGGGUCGUGGAGCAUUUUGUUCUGAAGCCAGUCGCGAAGAAAGUGGUCGAGAACGUGGCUGAGAAGUAGCUCAUGGUAUGGGCGACUUGGUCGAGUUUCGUGAUACCCAUGGUCUUGUUGAAUAGAACGCCGCCACUCAUCCUUGCUUUGUGUAAAAGCGAUAUAGGUGGUGAUGUACGUUAGAAAUGCGUUUCUUUCUGCGGCUGUGCCUAGCGAUAACCAUCCAGCCGUUCCCCAAACUCCUUAAACGCCGACCUAGCCAUGC